AACCUGUUAGUCUCCUCAGCCUCACCUCGACCGCCUUCCAGAACCACCGGCUGCUGGUCUUUUUUUCCCUCCCCAAAAGCUCAUCAUCUUCAACCAUCAUCUCAGUUACUACUUAACUACUAGUUACCUUGUUCGGGGGAGGGGAUUCCGCAACAAUUUAUUGUCCCCCCUCUUUUUUUAGGCUGCUGUCAAAAAAGACAUCACCCGUCCAAGCCCUUCCGUCUUCAGUGAUUUACUACAGCUGGUCGGGUACCUGAACGUCCAAAGCUCCGACCAGGGCAUAUCAGCGCCCACCCUCCACUCAGGUCGCGUUCUUUAUCCCCCUUCGUUCAGCGCCCCGUGUUAUCUUGACGAAGGGAUUCCGAAGUGUCAGCCCACGUAGAAAAUGGCCCAACAACAAAAUGACAAUGUGAUGCGAAGGAAGUUGGUGAUUAUCGGAGAUGGUGCCUGUGGGAAAACUAGUUUGCUGAGUGUCUUCACCCUCGGUUAUUUCCCGACUCAUUAUGUCCCCACGGUUUUCGAAAAUUAUGUGACGGAUUGCAGAGUUGAUGGCCGGUCGGUACAAUUAGCAUUAUGGGAUACAGCUGGCCAAGAAGACUAUGAACGGUUGCGUCCGCUAGCAUAUUCCAAAGCGCAUGUGAUUCUGAUCGGGUUCUCGGUGGAUACUCCGGAUUCCUUGGAGAACGUCAAGCACAAGUGGAUCGAGGAGGCCAAUGAGCGGUGCCCAGGUGUGCCGAUAAUUCUAGUUGGCUUGAAGAAAGAUCUCCGGGAGGACCCUCUCGCGAUUGAGGAGAUGAGAAAGAAGUCCCUAAAAUUCGUCACGUCGAAGGAAGGGAGUGAUAUCUCGACCCAAAUUGGAGCCAGAAAGUACCUGGAAUGCUCCUCCUUGACUGGAGAGGGGGUGGACGACGUCUUCGAAGCCGCUACUCGUGCCGCUCUUCUCACAUUCGAUAAGCGUAAAAGCUCAUGCUGCAUUGUGCUAUGAUCGAUUACCUAUGACUUGUGCUAUAUAUGUCGACUAAUGGGGUUCGGCUCAAUGGUCUGCCAACAGCGACGGGAAUAAUCACGCCGUCCUGACAUUAUCAGUAUGUCUAACGGACUCAAUCUGGCCCACGCAUUCCGUCGAGUUUCUUUAGAUUGGAUUACCAAAAGGGAGGAGGGUAAAAUCAUCGAUGAAUGUUGAUCGACAUCUUUUGCAUUACCGGCGUUUGGGUGGCCUUUUUUUACUCUUUCCCGAUUUGACACAACACCUUCUGUUUUGCGUCCGUCGCAUAUAACUCAUCUCUUUUAUAUGGAUCUUUUCUUUUCUUUUCUUUUCUUUUAAAGACACGACGCAUGUUGAUUUGUUUCCGGAGUACAUACUUUGGUGACUUUCCUUUAUACCCGAGUGCACUCCGAAGUCCCUCCUUUGGUAUGAUACCUAGCCUUUUGGCGCAUGUUUUCCGCUUCGUUAUGAAUGCUGUCUCUCCUUUUUUUUUU